GGACUUUCAGUGUUUUUUGCCAUUCUUUGUAUUGUCGAUGUUUUCGGAGUUUUUCCAGUGGUUGCCCUACCAAAACCCAUUAUCGACUGUGGUGAGUAGGACAUUUUAUUUUUAUCUACUACAAAAACUGCUUGAUAGGGAAAAUCAGCGAGGUUGCAUAAAAUUGGGCGUCCCUCCAAAACAAAGUCUGUGCAAAAGUCUUUCUUAUCGAACAUUUUAUUCCCAAUAUUCCAUUAGUCAUUGGAAAUACAGCAGAACCUUUGAUUUAAUACAAAUGAAAUCAACUGUAAUUUGAAUAAAAUGAAAUGUAUUUUUCUGCAAUUUAUAAACUUUGGAUACUAUGGCAUUCUGGUGAUAUUUGCAGUUUGCAGCAUUCAAAUAUACACAGCAACUUUAUUAGGAAAAUGCUGGAAUUUAGCUGAAGAAAUGGAACCUAACAUGAAGAGAAAAAACCGUUAUCCAUACUCUGCUUUAGCCGAGCUAACUUUUGGCAAAUAUUUGGCGCAUUUUGUUACUUUCUUGGUUGAUAUCACGGUUUUCGGAGGAGGAAUUCCAAAUUUGAUUGUUGCUGCAAAAAAUUUGGAACUAUUAGGCUUGAGAAUCAGUGAAGGUUCUUUCGAUAUUUCAUUUUGUUACUGGAUUAUCAUUCUGGGAACCGUUUUGUGUCCAAUUUUAUGGCUCGGUAGUCCUAAAGACAUGAAGGUAAUUUGCACCAUUUCUGCUCUAAUAGUAACAUCCGUUUACAUACUAACAUCCAGCUGUUUACUUUCAACUGUAAAUGCUGAUAUUCCUCAAAUUGAAGCCGAAUUUUCAUCAAGCAACUGGGAAUUAUGGCAGGUGAUGUUGAGCGCUUAUGGAAUAGUCACUUUCCAAUUUGACAUUCAUCCAACAAUUCUAACUAUCCAUAUGGAUAUGACCAACAAAGGCAAAUUACCAAUUGCCAUCAUAGGCGGAUUUUCAGUGUCUUUAAUUAUGUUUGGUACGACAGCAUUAAUAACUGCAUGGAAAUAUGGAACCAACUCCAAAGCGAGUUUGCUGGAAACUCUGCCAACAUCUUUGCCGUUGCAUUUUGCAGCUGGAUUAGUUGCAAUUCAAUUAUGCCUUACUUCAGCAGUGAGUAACAGUGCUUUGUAUCAACAUAUGGAGGAUUGUCUUAAUAUAUCCAGAGCAUUCAACCACAAACGCUGCAUCCUAAGAACGAUUUUGAUCAUAAUUGCAAUCAUUAUAGCUGAGUCAGUUCCCCGAUUCGAUCUGGUAAUGUCUUUAAUAGGUGGGUCUUUAACUGGUCCACUAGUUUUCUUCUUUCCGCCUCUGUUCUACAUCAGAAUGAUAUAUUUGCAUAAAAAGUAUGUUCGAAAAUUGGAACUGGAAAGCUUUUCGAAUGUUAUAUUGAUGGAGCGAAGGUCGAGCAAUUUAAGCGAAGACUAUUCAAGCGACAUAACAGACUAUAAAGGAGAACAGAAAAUAAAUGUAGGAUUAUAUCAAAGCCGGAAGACUUUUCGAGAAAUUUGGAAUGAAAAGUUGGAAAUUGUAAUUUGCGUUUUCAUAAUAAUAUUGAGUUCUUUUGCCACUUGUAUUACUACCUAUUUGAAUGUGAGUAGUGCCACGUUGUCGUAUGCAAAUUUGACAAAACCGUGCAUUUACAAUAUUUCCAAUGCCCUACUGUAUCUCUAAUAAUCUAAUAAAUUUUAUUAAUUGUCAA